AUGACUUUCAUAAAGUAUCACUUUUUUUAUUCAUCAAAUCAAAAUCAUCACUUUAAUCAAAAAUUUUUUUGCAAGUUAAUACUCAUACUUAAUACUCAACAGAAUACUACAUAAUUUCAUUAAACAACAAGAUAUUUGAGGUUAGAGAUAGAAUGGAUGAAGAGGAAGCUACUCUAAAUGAUACUAAAUUAUUUGAAAUGUAUAAAUUGUAUGCACAAAUUAAAAUUUGGAAAUUUGAGAUUUUAUCUAGUGCUAAUGGAUAUAAAGUUACUAACAGCUCUUAUUAAAGAUUUUGGUGUUCUUUAUAAGCUGAAAUUUGAAUCUGGAGUACACAGAGUUCAAAAAGUUCCUUAAAAUGAGUCUAAUAGUUGGGCAAACUUCUCAACUGACCUUGCAGGAAGAAUUGCUCAAUCCUCCUGUAAUGUAGUCAUUCAAAAUGAAAAAUAAAAGUAUAAAAAUAGGCAAAAAUUGCUAAAAAUUCUGUGUUAAAUAAUGGAUAUGAAUUUCAAAAGAACAAACUAAAGAGAGAAGCAGAUGGCUAAGGUGAUAGAUUAGAUUAGAGUUAAUCAGAAUAUGAAACUUUCCAUAAAUCAGAAUAAUUUUUAACCUAAUUAAUCUUACCUUCUACAAAAUUGAGGAUGUUUUAAAAGAAGCUAAGUUCAGAUGAUGAGGCAACUAAAUUAACUAAUUAUAAGUCUUAAAAUCAUUAACUAGAGGAAAAGUAAUUGAAAAAUAAGUACUCAAUUUAAAAUUGACUCUACGGUUUAAACUGCAGGCUAUUGAUGAGCUGUCUUGUAUUACUCAUGAUAAGAGUUACCCAAACUCUUUACUAACCUCUCUCGAAUGUUUUGCUGUUAUUAUUUCUUAUACUUUAUCUGCAG